UAGAGCAGCGGGGCGGGGCCUAGGGGGCAGGUCCGCGUCCUGCGUCACUUCCGGGCGCGGUGAGCGAGCCAGGGCGCCAUUCGGGAGCCAGCCAUGGAGGGCAAGCCCUUGGUGACGUCCAAGCAGAAGACGGAAGUGGUGUGUGGGGUCCCCACCCAGGUGGUCUGCACGGCCUUCAGCUCGCACAUCCUGGUGGUGGUGACCCAGUUCGGGAAGGUGGGCACCCUGGUCGCCCUGGAGCCCAGCGCUGUGACCAGUGACAUCAGCAAGCCCGUGCUCACGACCAGGGUCCUCCUCGGGCAGGAUGAGCCUCUCAUCCACGUCUUCGCAAAGAACCUGGUGGCCUUUGUGUCUCAAGAAGCCGGAAACAGAGCCGUCCUCCUGGCCGUGGCCGUGAAGGACAGGAGCAUGGAGGGGCUGAGGGCCUUGAGGGAGGUGAUUCAGACCUGCCAGGUGUGGUGACCUGGACCUGCAGCCUCACCUGCGCCUGAAACCCAGAGAGGGGCCUGGCUCCCGCAGACUUCGUUUGGCCCCUGGCUGUCCUGGGACAGGGAGCGGGGAGUGCGUGGGAGAGGGGGUGUCUCACCGGCCCCGAGGGGCGCAGGUCUGAGAACUGAAAGGAGGCCUGGCCCUCAGUGAGGGACCGGCACGUGGAGGAACUGCUUUUGUAUUAAAACAAGGGCAG